AAUAUGAUUUGUGUAUGUGCACGUGUACUAGGUACUGACAUGGCUGAAGCGGGUGUGGACCUGAGCCGUAAGUUUGUGUCCGAGUCAGAGAUCGAAGAAAAGAAGCGGAUUAGACAGGAGGAAUGGGAGAAAGUGCGGAAACCUGACGACCCCCAGGAGGCACCAGAGGAGGAGUAUGACCCUCGUUCUCUCUUUGAGCGGCUCCAGGAGCAGAAGGAUAAGAAGCAGGAGGAAUAUGAGGAGCAGUUUAAAUUCAAAAACAUGGUUAAAGGUCUAGAUGAAGAUGAGUCAAACUUCCUGGAUGAGGUUUCUAGGCAACAGUCACUGAUAGAGAAACAACGGCGAGAUGAAGAGCUACAGGAGCUACAGGAGUACAGGAGCGCUCGCACAAAGCUGACAGCCAGCAGCGAGAGUAGAAAGGACCCUGAGCGCCGACCUGGGCCCAAGGCAGCAGAGCACCGAAGCAUGCUUUCCCAGGCACACCUGCUGGCCGGAGCGGUCAAGCGCCGUAGUUCCUCUCAGUCAUCAGACAGCAGUAAGAAGCAGAGGUUUGAGAGUUCGGAAGUGGACAGUACCCAAUCAGAGUCCAAGGCCCAUGCGGCGCUGGCAGGAGCUGGCCGCUCCACUGUGGUUCACCUGCCGUCGGCGGCCGUCUGUGUGGGCAUCCUGCCCGGGCUCGGGGCGUACUCCAGCAGCAGUGACUCCGAGUCAAGCAGCGACAGUGAAGUUUAAGCCUUGUUCUCCUGCUGUUUGGGUUUGCUGGGGUCCUCCUGAAUGAAAAGAAAAGCUGAGGUCAACUUGAAGACCAGAGAAUGGAUUGUGUGGCCACACGGAAUCAGACCUGAGACAGUCUGUCGGCAUGUGAAAAACUCAUUUUAGUUGUGUGUGUGUGUGUGUGUUUUUACUUGUUACUGGCUACAGAGAGCUGGGACAGUGUGUUCUGACUGCCCUGCAUCAACCCAAAUGCGUGGGCUGUGUGAGGCUUUAAUGUCCUCACAGCUUGUGGAAAAUAAAUCUUCUGCUGACUUUGUCUCUGUUGGGUGAUCUGCGUAUGAUGCGGCCUUUAAAAAGCCAGCCCCAUGUGUUUGAUCUGGAGCAGUGCUCCGGCCCUGGUCCCAGGAACCUGCAGGCUCCCCCACUUUUUGUAUUUAGCUCCUAUGGACUAAAAUACUGAUCCUGAUGUUAAAUUUAGCAAGUUGAAGCUGCUGUGUUUCUAAGAUCUGUUACAGCUGCUUGUGCUGGAAAAGGGUUGUAUGAUUGCAGUUUCCCAAACAAAUAAUUAAAAAUGUAAACUGUACAGAAUCUAAAGGGGGUUUCUCGUAAAAUUAACUAUCAAUAUAUAAUGCAUUUGCUUUAUGGCCACAUAACUUCUCAUUUUGAGACGAGAAGUAAAAUGUGCUGCUUUUUGUUUCAUGCUCUCUUUUAUGAAAUAAGUUGGUGAAGCUCUAUUUGAGAAGAUGAAAUGAAUAAAUGUAUAAUUUGUUAAGGUUUGUUAUUUUUAUUUAAAAUGUGCUCAAAGUUUAUGUUUAGCACAAAUGUUGAAUCAUACAGUAUCACCAAAAGCCCAGUAGUGAUAAAUGGUGAAGAUCUAGACUAAGGGUUGGUGUUGCUUAAAACAGGAGUCAAACUCUCUCCUUUGUAGGCUCUGCAAUUACAGGCCUUUGGUCCCAACCAUCUUAGCCUGAUUAGUUAAGGAUCUGUACUACUUGCAUGUCCACCUGUUUGUCUGCCCCAAAUUUACAGCAGUACUGAAUAAGUGAUUAAAAUUAAACACUGCAUAUAA